AUGUCAAAUCUUAAGCAUCAAUUCAAAAUUCUAAGCAUAACCGAAGACAACUUCAUAACGUGGAACAACAAUCUAAUUGAGUACCUUACAUGUGAGGGCCUUAACAAAAUACUUGAAGGAGACAAUACUGGAAAAUCAACAGACAACCCAGAUGAGAUGGAAAAGAGAAAAUCAAAAGUGAAUAGAAAAAUCAAGCACCAUCUUGAUGAUGGACUGCAAACAGAAUAUUCAAAUGCUAAAGAUCCCAAGAUUUUGUGGGACAAAAUUAAAGCAAGAUUUGGACAUCAGAAAAAAGUCUUGUUACCCUCAUUAAUGGAUCAGUGGAACAAGUUAAGAUUCCAAGACUACAAAAGUGUCAUUGCAUAUAAUUCUGCUAUGCACCAGAUUAUAGCACAACUGGAAUUUUGUGGCACAAUUAUAACUGAAAAGGAAAAGUUAGAAAAAACUUUUUCAACUUUUCAUGCAUCCUAG